UCCAUUCAAUUCCAUCUGAACUCUUAUCUGUCGCAGAUCACAGCAGUUCGAUGCUUCCGGUUUCCCCACACUAUGCGCCAAGGCGGGCGAUAUCAAAAUACGGCUUGCAGAAACUGACCGCCUAGCGGUAUCUGUUCGGCGCUGCGGAGCUUAAAAUCCACGAACAAAGGGUGAGACUACUACUCCGUACAGCCUCGCCUGGAAAGCGCCGAUAAUACGACCUUUUCACCGGUACAAAGCCAAAUUGAGAGCGCAAUAUGUAUCAAGAACCUUUGUCUCCGCCUUUAGAGCCCACAAAUCCACCCACAUCCAAUCCAGUCCCACUAGACUCGCCUCUCCGCACAACCCCGAUACAUCCUCUAGUUCCUGAAAUCCGCGUCCCAGGAGAACCUCUACCACCGCACAAUUAUCACCCAGUUACCUGCAACCAGAUCGAAGCAGAAUCGGAGGACAUACGCGCCCAACUUGAGAAUUUACGCAAGGAAUAUACAUCGUCAGAUGCAGCUUUAAAGGCGCAGGAGCAGGUCGCAAAAGAAGUAAAGCUGAAGAUAGAGGAGGCCGAGAGGAAACGCGAAGAUGUUCAAAAAGCGAUGGACAAGAAAAUCAAGGAAAGAAAUACAGAGAUGAAAGUCUUAUCAAAGUACCAAGAAGUGAAAGCAGCAGAUAUUCCCGCUUGAAGCUGGGUAAUUAGCGGAGGCUGCUUGCUUUUAGAAAACGCUUAAAGGUCUUUUUCUCUUACGAGCCGGGGUGAUACGGGUCCGGCGUUUCUGGUCGAUGCGGACCGGAACCAAGAGCCACGG